CAAGAUUUGCCCAUCCCUCUCUCCACACCCCUUUUCUUAACAUCUUAUGCGUAUCUUGGCCCCAUGACGGAACCGAUAGGCAGGUCCACCAUCCUUUGGCGCAGUGCCACCGACCGUUCAUCUCCUUGAAUCAGCCUCGGCGAGGCGGCUCCCCAACCAUCUUCCAUCUCGGGCAGGGCGAUGGCGAGGGAUGCCUGUGCUUUUGCCGUCGGUUCCUGCGCCGCAGAGGACCCGCCAACGGCGCUGGAGGAGCUGUGGGUAGUUUCCCCUCGACACCACCCCCCGGACAUGACUGCAGAGUUGGGACGAACCUGGAACGGCAAAGCAUGUUGCCCACCAGCCCAGAUAAGAGAAAGUGGGCGGGCAAGUGUGGGGGACGUUGCACUCUUGUUUUGUCAUGCGUGCUCCAGGCAAGAGAUUACCCGGGUGGGCGACAUUCCUGCGUCUGACACCUCCCGCCUUUGUACCUCGCACCUUGCAGGAGGGGCCCAAUCGUGGUGGUAACCCGGGCGAACGCAUGGGUUCCUUAUAAAACCGACCGCGUCUUCCCGCCUCUUCUCUCCCGUCCCUUGACCUGUCCUCUCGUGACGGCUUCCCCUCCCUUCCCUCCCCUCAUCCAGCCUCUGCACGUUGCAAGCAAGCCCAGCAUGCCGGCAGACAUAAUCGACGACGCCAUCGUGGCGGAGCAGGUGCGCGCCACGGCCCAGGCCGAGGUGGCGGCGCCCGACGACGAGAAGACGGGCGGCGCCGCGGGCCUGCACCCGACCGAGGAGGAGCUGCAGACGCUGCGGCGCGUGGCGGACCGCAUCCCGCUCAAGCUCUUCACCAUCGCCUUCAUCGAGCUGUGCGAGCGCUUCUCCUACUACGGCGUCGUCAUCGUCUUCACAAACUUCAUCCAGCAGCCCCUGCCGGCCGGCUCCCUCACCGGCGCCGGCUUCGGCAGCCCGACGGGCCAGUCGGGCGUCCUGGGCAUGGGCCAGCAGGCCUCGACCGGCAUCACCACCUUCAACCAGUUCUACCAGUACAUGAUGCCGUUGCUGGGCGCCUGGAUCGCCGACGAGUACUGGGGCCGCUACAAGACCAUCUGCGUUGCGCUUGGCGUCGCAAUCUUUGGCCACAUCGUCCUGAUCCUGUCGGCCAUCCCGCCCGUCAUCGCCCGCGGGCCCAGCGACUCGCUGGCCGCCAUGAUCAUGGGCAUCCUUAUCAUUGGCUUCGGCACGGGCGGUUUCAAGCCCAAUAUCAGCCCGCUCAUCGUCGAGCAGCUGGACCUGGACCACAUGGUGGUGCGCACGCUAAAGUCGGGCGAGCGCGUCAUCGUCGAUCCCACCAUCACCAUCAACCGCGUUUACAACUGGUUCUACUUCUUCAUCAACAUCGGCGCCCUGCUCGGCCAGCUGACCAUGGUGUACGCCGAGCUCUACGUCGGCUUCUGGCUCAGCUACCUCAUGCCCACCAUCAUGCUCAGCAUCUGCCCGCUCGUCAUGUGGUGGGGCAGGAAGCACUACCGCGACCGCCCGCCCGCGGGAUCCGUGCUCGGCAAGGCCCUCAAGACCUUUGGGCUGGCCCAGCGCGGCCGCUGGCACGUCCUGCCCUGGGUCACGUACCAGCGCAUGAACGACGGCACCUUUUGGGAGAGCGUCAAGCCGUCCAAGUUCGCGCCGGGCACCAAGCCCGCGUGGAUGACGUUUGACGACGCCUGGGUGGACGAGCUGCGUCGUGGUUUCGCCGCCUGCUCGGUCCUGUUCUGGUUCCCGCUCUACUGGCUCACGUACAACCAGCUCAACAACAACCUCAUCUCCCAGGCCGCCGUCAUGAGGCUCGACGGCGUCCCCAACGACGUCGUGACCAACCUGGACCCUCUGGCGCUGCUCAUUUUCAUCCCCAUCUGCGACUUUGGCCUGUACCCGCUCCUGCGCAAAUACCGCAUCAAGUUCACGCCCAUCAAGCGCAUCGCCGCCGGCUUCUUCUGCGGCGCCGCCGCCAUGGUGUGGGCCGCCGUGAUCCAGAACCACAUCUACGCCACGUCCGAGUGCGGCUACAACGCGUCGGGCACCAAGGACGACGGCACGACGUGCGCGCCCAUCUCCCUGACCGUCUGGGCCCAGACGGGCGCCUACGUCCUGCUGGCCCUGUCCGAGAUCUUUGCCUCCAUCACCUCGCUCGACUACGCCUUUAGCAAGGCGCCCAAGAACAUGCGCUCCAUGGUCCAGGCCAUUUCGCUGUUUACCACGAGCCUGUCGGCCGCCCUGGGCGAGGCCUUUGUGCCCCUCAGCGCCGACCCGCUGCUCGUGUGGAACUACGGCGUCGUCGCCGUCCUGGCCGCCGUCGGGGGCUUGCUGUUCUGGCUCAACUUUAAGAGCCUCGACGCCGAGGAGGACGCGCUCAACGAGCUGCCCGAGGGUAAGAUGUUUGUGACGGACGAGGAGAGCGUCAACCACUCGCCGACGCCGCCUGAGAAGAGCUAGGGGAGACGACGUUGAGGUGGAUGGGCGUCUUGUGUGUAUAGAUGAAAGGGAUGAUAUCUCGUUGAUUGGCUACCAUGUUGCGCAUCUAAUCAAUCCACUUUGUCAACUAUUGAUCACAAACGUGCCAUUUAUGUCGGGGAGAAGGGGAAUGC